AUGCAGGAGGGUCUAAGGACAGUGAACACUCACUUGGACCGGGACCGGGAGAACACUCACUUGGACCGGGAGAACACUCACUUGGACCGGGACCGGGAGAACACUCACUUGGACCGGGAGAACACUCACUUGGAACGGGAGAACACCCACUUGGACCGGGAGAACACCCACUUGGACCGGGAGAACACCCACUUGGACCGGGAGAACACUCACUUGGAACGGGAGAACACUCACUUGGACCGGGAGAACACUCACUUGGACCGGGACCGGGAGAACACCCACUUGGACCGGGAGAACACUCACUUGGAACGGGAGAACACUCACUUGGACCGGGACCGGGAGAACACUCACUUGGACCGGGACCGGGAGAACACUCACUUGGACCGGGACCGGGAGAACACUCACUUGGACCGGGACCGGGAGAACACCCACUUGGACCGGGAGAACACCCACUUGGACCGGGAGAACACCCACUUGGACCGGGAGAACACCCACUUGGACCGGGAGAACACCCACUUGGACCGGGAGAACACCCACUUGGACCGGGAGAACACUCACUUGGACCGGGAGAACACUCACUUGGACCGGGAGAACACUCACUUGGACCGGGAGAACACUCACUUGGACCGGGAGAACACCCACUUGGACCGGGAGAACACUCACUUGGACCGGGAGAACACCCACUUGGACCGGGAGAGCACCGACUUGGAGAGCACCGACUUGGACCGGGAGAACACUCACUUGGACCGGGAGAACACUCACUUGGACCGGGAGAACACUCACUUGGACCGGGAGAACACUCACUUGGACCGACUUGGACCGGGAGAACACUCACUUGGACCGACUUGGACCGGGAGAACACUCACUUGGACCGACUUGGACCGGGAGAACCCUCACUUGGACCGGGAGAACCCUCACUUGGACCGGGAGAACACCCACUUGGACCGGGAGAACACUCACUUGGACCGGGAGAACACUCACUUGGACCGGGAGAACCCUCACUUGGACCGGGAGAACCCUCACUUGGACCGGGAGAGCACUCACUUGGACCGGGAGAACACUCACUUGGACCGGGAGAGCACUCACUUGGACCGGGAGAACCCUCACUUGGACCGGGAGAACACCCACUUGGACCGGGAGAGCACCCACUUGGACCGGGAGAGCACCCACUUGGACCGGGAGAGCACCCACUUGGACCGGGAGAGCACCCACUUGGACCGGGAGAGCACCCACUUGGACCGGGAGAGCACCCACUUGGACCGGGAGAGCACCCACUUGGACCGGGAGAGAACUCACUUGGACCGGGAGAACACCCACUUGGACUGGGAGAACCCUCACUUGGACCGGGAGAACCCUCACUUGGACCGGGAGAACACCCACUUGGACCGGGAGAACACCCACUUGGACCGGGAGAACACCCACUUGGACCGGGAGAACACCCACUUGGACCAGGAGAGCACCCACUUGGACCGGGAGAGCACCCACUUGGACCGGAAGAGCACCCACUUGGACCGGGAGAGCACUCACUUGGACCGGGAGAGCACUCACUUGGACCAGGAGAGCACUCACUUGGAUUGGGGCGUCCACUUCUCGUACCAGCUCUGCUCCCGGACCAGCAGGAAGGCCAGGAGCUGGAAGAGCAGAGAGGUCAGGAUCUGCGUGAGCACGGAAAACAGCAGGGGCCCCGAGAUCAGGCUGGACGGGGGCCGCCGAGGAACCAGCUGCUCCCAGGCCGGGUUCAGACUCACUGCACAGACAGAGACAGAGCCGUGUAUGUGCUCUCCCAAACUCUAG